AUGAGUGUUCGAAUUUCAAUAUCGACAAAGUCUCAAAACCUGGCGAUCAACUCGCAUCACUACCGGUCGCUGCUGAAGACUACCAGAUCGCCAGUCAUGAUCCCCCUGCCGGACCUCUCGGUCGCGGAAGACUUUCUUGGCAAUUUGGACAACUUUUUACAAUGGGAUGACAUAUUUAAUCUUGAACCACCCAAAGCGGGCUACGUCGGGACACCGCAGUUUACGGCAUUUGAAGAUGGCUUUGCCGUUCCCUGGGCUAUCCCUAGCAAACUCAUUGGGUCGCCGAACGGACUGCCCACCACAUCACCAAGGCACGACUUACCCGCCCUAGAAUGUACAAUGGGAAAUUCGAACGCGCUACUGGAGGCAAAUGUUCUACUGAGACAUUUUGAUGAGCAUGUUGUGCCUCAAAUAACUUGGGUGCCCAUGACACAAAAGUCACCAUUACGAAUUCUGAAUAUCCCAGCUGCGAUGAUAACACUCGAUCAACUUAUUUACAUGAAGCAAAUACCAAUAAAGCACGCUAACCUAUCAAAUCUUUAUGCUAUUCUUGCGUGUGCAUCAUAUCACUUGUCCAUUCAUCCAGACUUUGUACCUGAUAAGUCAAGUCAGUACUGGGAUAAAAUCACCAUAUCUUCUCACAGCGAAGCCAAGUCACAUUUGGAUUUAUCUCUCAAGUUAGAGUUGAAGGGUCGGACAAAAGCGAAAUAUAAAGAUCAGUUGAUGGCGAUGCUGAGCCUCACAACUUAUGCUGUUCUAACACAGAAUCAGACUGAGGCUCGAUACCAUCUAAUUAAUAUCGAAUUUCUUAUUCGGUCAAGAGGCCUGGUGAAAAAGCGUCUCUCCCGAAGAGCUCGACUUUUACACCAUCAGUACACCUGGAUCAGAAUUUUGAGUGAAAGCACGCUGGUGAUUCACAAUAAGAUUCCUCAUUCAACUCCAUGUGAAGCUUUCUGGUCACAUCACUUGAAUUCAGAAGAGACGAAUAUACUUGCUCUCAGACAUGGGUCUCUGCCACAACGAGAUGGAAAUUAUGAGCUCGACGACUUUUUACGCAUUGAACCAAAUGAAUCGGAUAGCGACUUGAAAGUGGGAGAUCAGAAAGAUGUUGAAUGCAACCUUGGAGAUAUUCAUCUAGUGGACUCACGAAACUACCCAGACGAGCAACAUUCCACCAUAAACGGAAUUUCAGAAACUUGGCUCGGACUUCUUUCCCAAACAACACGUCUAGCAAACGUCUUGGAUCAAAUAAACAACAAAAGUUGCACCAUGAGUGCUGAAAGGCAAUUAGCUCUUCAUCGGCGCUCCAAUUAUCUCGAGGGAAUGAUUUGCUCCUUUACAUCCAGACGAAUGCUCCCUGGCGAUGGGAAGCCAAAAUUUCACAUGACUCGAGCCCUGAACGCUGCUUUAGUCAUUUAUUUCUACCGACGAGUACGACAAGUAAACCCGUGCAUUCUGCAGGGAUAUGUCUCUCAGAUUAUUCAAGAACUUCAUAGGUGGGAUGCAGCUCUUGCCCAGAAUGGUCUCAAUGGACCGGGAACUGCAUGGCCCGCAUUUAUGGGGGGAUGUGAAGCUACCGAAACUAACGACCGAGGAAGUAUCCUGCAGUGGCUAGAUAGAGCAAGUGUUCAAAGUGGACAAGCCUCUUACUCUUCUGCCAAGAAGGUCAUGGAGGAAAUUUGGAAGCGCAGAGACAGCAGAACUAGCGACGCUGAUAUGCCUCCAAAGCCUGGCGAGUCGAUGUCUUUCAGUUGGAUGGAAUACUCAAAGGAAAAAUUACAGUGGCUUAUCCUGGCAUGA